UUUGGCAAGCGGAGGCACGAUUGGACACGAGCGUGACGGCUGUUCCGCGCGGGCAUGAUUGGCGGCUUCUGAUUGGUUCGUGCAGAGGCCGAGUCGGUGCUGGGGGAAAGGAAGGACGACGGCUGUCGACGACAAAUAUGCCCGUUAGUCAAAGUUUUAAGGCGACGAAUGAGGAAAUCUCAACAGCAAUGCAAGGUAACGGCCAGCCGGACACCCCAAAUGAGGCUGCUCUGCUGGCGCUGAUGGAGAAGACAGGCUACAGUAUGGUGCAGGAAAAUGGGCAGCGCAAGUUUGGGGGCCCUCCUCCAGAUUGGGAGGGGCCCCCACCGCCUCGUGGCUGUGAGAUAUUUGUGGGUAAAAUCCCUCGUGACAUGUAUGAGGAUGAGCUCGUCCCUGUGUUCGAGAGAGCUGGCCGCAUCUAUGAAUUCAGGCUGAUGAUGGAGUUUAGCGGGGAGAACAGAGGUUACGCUUUUGUCAUGUACACCACGAAAGAGGCAGCGCAGAGAGCCAUCCAUUUCCUGGACAACUUCGAGAUCCGUCCUGGAAAAUUCAUCGGCGUGUGUGUCAGUCUGGACAACUGCCGGCUCUUCAUCGGUUCGGUUCCCAAAGAGAAGACGAAGGAGGAGAUCCUGGAGGAGAUGAGGAAGGUGACGGAAGGAGUGGUUGAUGUCAUCGUGUAUCCAAGUGCUGCAGACAAGAGCAAAAACCGAGGAUUUGCGUUUGUGGAGUAUGAGUCCCACAAAGCUGCUGCAAUGGGCAGAAGGAAACUCAUCCCAGGCACUUUCCAGCUGUGGGGUCACACCAUCCAGGUGGAUUGGGCCGAACCAGAAAAGGAUGUAGAUGAUGAGACGAUGCAGCGCGUUAGGGUGCUGUACGUCCGAAACCUCAUGAUAUCUACAUCUGAGGAAACCAUCCGGAGUGAAUUCAGUAAGUUCAGGCCCGGCGCUGUGGAGAGAGUGAAGAAGCUCACAGACUACGCCUUUGUGCAUUUCCACAACCGCGAGGAUGCCAUCGCGGCCCUGCACGCCAUGAACAGAAAGGCCAUCGAUGGCUCAGUCAUAGAGGUGACGUUGGCUAAGCCAGUCGGCAAAGAUGGCGGUCGCAAGUUCAGUCAGAGGGGGUAUGUGGGAUCUUCUGGGGAUGGUGUGUUUAUGCAGAACAAGGAUGAUAAUAUCUGUGACAUCCCUCCAGGCAGGCCUCUCAACAUACCAGCCAGGCUCAAUAGCCAGUACACCCCCGACAUACAGAGGUGCCUGUAUCCCUUCUACCCUGGGAGCAACCUCAUACCCAUCAGCAUGUACUCCCUAAAACCUAGUCAGUUCUUUUCUGCCAUCACCCAUCUUGAGUACUAUUGCCACAAAAAUAGCUGGUCUCUCCCCCAGUAUUAUCUGUACUCUACCAACAGCCAGGAUGGGAAACAUCUGCUCAUCUAUAAAGUGGUUAUCACAAGCACAUGCCGUAGUUUCAUGCCAGAUAAAUUCUGCACCAUCCUUGAAGAUGCCAAAGAGUUGGCUGCACAGAACGCACUGUGGAGUUUAGACUGCUCCAUCCUUGGAUCAGCGUCCCCAUCCAGUCUGUCUCCCCAGGCCAUGACUUCUGGCAGUGGCCUGAUGUCCUACCGCUGCUGUUCCUUCCCUUAUCCAGGCUAUUCGCUCUCACGGGCCCAUCCACUGGCCAGUGGCAAUGGACACAAGCUUUACAUUUCCAACCAGUCUAAUUUUUGUUAGCCCAGCCAGUCAGUCAGUAAAUAUGUGAAGGUUAACCAAUUACGUUUUUUUAUUCUUACUAACUAUUUUUAUGUGCCAUUGGAGAAUAUUUAUAUUUACAAAAAAGACCACAAAAGAUGAAUUAUUCAUUUUUAUCCCCUAGAAAGAAAAGCACACUGUUUAAUGGUUAGAAACUGCACUUUAUGUUGAGAGAAACAGCGGUGUGACUGUGAAUUAAUUUGAUUUUGGUUUUGUUUUCAUUAUUUUUUUCCAUUAAAAUGUAAUAAUUUUUGACAGACCUAACUCUGAACUGUUCCAUGUGAUCUAUAACAAAUUUUCUAAAUCGAUUGUUCAGUCGUUUGUUUGCAUCUACUUGUGUAUGUUUGCUUAGAGCUAUCUGCCACAAAAAAAAAAAAAUAUAUAUAUAUAUAUAAUGCCCUCAGUAUUGAAUUCAAAGCUGUGCGGAUGUUAAGAAAAUGUAACAGAAUAUGAAAUUUUAAUAUUAUGAUGUGAACAAGCAUAAACGAGUCAAUAAAAUCAGAUGGAAGAAAAAUCAUAAGAAGGAUUUCAUAUAAAAGUAAUAGAUAAAAAUCCUUAUUUAUUAAGAGAAAUCCUAUACUAAAUCUAACUAUUUUCAUGCAUUUUUUUGUCCUUGCUGUUUUGCUUUGUAACAUUUAAAAGCUGUCGGACAAUUUUUUUUCUUGUGGAAAAAGUAGUAUUAGUAACUGAGUAAAGUAAGUCUGUCUCUAACGGCACCUAAAAUCUCUGGUAAAAUCUUUAUCGUAUCCUAGAAACAUUUCAGUGUUUAAUGUUUCAGUCUAGGAAGGUAAGUGUAUGUAUGUUCUACAUAAUUCAGGAAAAAUUAGACAUCUUGUAAUUGAUGUGUUAAGAUUAACUGCAAGGAAUUUCUCUGAAUAUUUUUGAAAAUGUUAUAUUGAGAUAUUUUGGAGUUUGUAAUAGUAAAUUUGUCAUUUUGUUCCCA